AUGGCGGGUCUUGCACAUCCCUCCUCGAGGUUUGAGCAACAGCCCUCGGCGACAAUGUCACGACCCGGUUUGCAAUCGCAUCACAGCAGCUCCGUCCCUUCGACACCGCACCAGAAGCCGCGCGACUUAGGCCGUUUUCACUCCAGAUCGCCGUCACCGCACCGCAACCUUGCCAACCAGUCGCCACGCUCCGUGGCUUCAGAAGCCGUGGACAACCAGAAGUCGAGUAGAGCCAACACGGGCGUGUGCGCCUUUGAAUCUGGCAGCGAGUUCCGGAAGCGACGCAUACCUUAUGUCGAUGGCGGCAACGAGGAAUUGGGUCCGCCCAAGAAGGAACCCAAAAAGACAUUACAGCCCGAAGAGCAGACAAAGCUGAGUGCUGACGUCCGCUACCUCUAUGACCGGCUACUGCCUGAUAUGGACAGUGAACAACGGAGGAAGAAACUGACAACAAAGUUGGAACGAAUAUUGGGAGAAAAGUGGCCAGGGCAUGAAAUAAGCGUGAAUGUCUUUGGGUCAUCAGGGAAUCUCCUGAGCACGAAGGACUCGGAUGUGGACAUUUGCAUCACAACAGAUCUCAAACAGCUCGAGUCGAUGCACUCGCUGGCCGAGGUGCUGCACAACAAUGGCAUGACGAAAGUCGUCUGUCGACCGAAUGCCAAAGUGCCCAUUGUUAAGUGCUGGGAUCCAGAGCUAAGGUUGUCGGUCGAUCUAAAUGUCAACAAUUCGCUCGCUCUGCAGAAUACGCGGAUGAUCAAGACCUAUGUGCAACUGGAUAAGAGGGUGCGUCCGUUGGCUAAGAUCAUCAAGCACUGGACUAAGUGUCGGAUCUUGAACGACGCGGCAUACGGCGGCACCAUCAGCUCUUAUACGUGGAUUUGCAUGAUCAUAAACUUUUUGCAAACACGGGAUCCACCGAUUCUACCUUCGCUUCAAAAGAUUUCUGACUGCCGGACGAAGCUUCCUUCUGGAGAGAUCUCCCCGUUUGCGGACGACGUCGACUCGCUGUUGCGGACACGGAGAGGCUUGGGCGCAGAAAACACAGAAAGUCUUGGAGAGCUGCUGUUCCAAUUUUUCCGACAUUACGGGUACGAGUUUGAAUAUUCCAAAAAUGUUGUUUGUGUACGAGAGGGACGAGCGAUUUCCAGAAAGGAGAAAGGAUGGGAUCCGAAGAUCAACUACCAGGAUAAGGAAUCGAGGGUGCGGCUUUGCGUUGAAGAGCCUUUCACUCAGGAUCGGAAUCUGGGCAAUUCGGCAGACGACUAUGCUUGGUAUGGUAUCCACCAGGAGAUCAGGCGGGCUUUUGAUCUUCUCGAAGAUGGGCUGCAACUGCAAAAGAUGUGCGAGGAAUUCGUGUUUCCACCGGAGCCGGAGCGACCGAUAUUCCAAAGACCACCUCCGAAACCCAAGCCUACCUUGACGAGGAGCGCAUCGCAGACGAAUCGAUCCAACCAGGAAGCCGGUUCAACGCGAUCACGAAAGAACAACCGGAAUACGUCUGGGCAAAGAUCUGGCAAUCGAAGGGCGUCUAGUGGCGCAGCUUACAGUCACCAUCGCACGGGACUGCCCUUCAGUCCGCCCCUCGGUGGCAAUCCUGCAGACUAUUUUCAAGUCAAAGGAACUUUACACGAACAGCUGUUCCAGCAAUACCAGUUCCUGCAGGCUCAACAAGACGCACUCAGACAUCAAUUGGAAAGGCAACAACAACAGGUUGCUGCUUCCGCGCGAGUUGGGGACUUAGCUGGAACCGGUUCACCUCGACCGCGACAGUAUGCCAAUGGACUUACGAGUCCACGCUUUGCGGAUCAGCCACCCCAGUCUGCACCGCUAUUGCCUGGAUACCUCUAUCACUAUCCAGCGGCUCCGCGAUACCCACCUCCUUCACCAUUGUCACAGGCUCGACAGAGGGACGGAACGAACACAAAUCCGUCAUCACCAUCACUCGUAGCCGCAGUGCCAGCACUGCGACGGAAUGGCCAUCGUGCCAGUGUGCCAGACGCCUCGGCCGGCUCGAUUAGGUCACAGUCUCAGCCGGGACGUUCUUUGCCGCAUCCGCUGACCCUGCAGCAACAAGUACAUCCUGGCUACGAUGUUUCUGGAGCGCUUGGCGGGCAACGUUCCAUUUCGCAGGUUCAUGCUGGCCACCCUGGUCUGCAAUUAUCCCUGAGCGCACAAUUCCCCGGCAUCCAUCCUGCUGGCCAUGCUUUCGAUAGUGCGAUGCCAAAGGAAUAUGUCGGAUACUUUAGCUCACCGCAGCUUGGACCGCAACAUUUCUCAAAUGCAAGCCAGAUGCAGCCACCCAUGAUGACGCUUCGAGACCCUCCCACGCGUCAAAGAAGGGUAACGCCUGACUUGGCGCCGCCUGUGGUCAACGGCAGACACAACUCACGAUCACCUUCGCCGCUGGGGCACCUGCGAGAACUGUCACUCAAUGGUGAAAUGACCGCCGAGCCGGUGCAGAUGGGAGAAAGCCCCAAAGGCACUACACAGCCUCAGACACCGUCGACAGUGCCGCUUAGUCAACCUCUCAAUUCAGGCCCACUCGUGGUAAAUGGUAGCACAACUGUGCCGGUCAUCGUCAAUGGGUCAUCGCGACCCUCAGUACCAAGACCUGUCGAGAAGACUCAUGUGAACGGAGUGGCUGGGCCCGGCAUUCAGCUUCAGAACGAGGUCUUGUUCAGCACUCAGCACGAAGAUUUAUCUCGGUAUCGCCCGCAACCGAUCCGAACGAGCUUUGAUCAGCCCGCCCCGGAGCGGCGUGCUAGCGACUUCGAGAAUAUCCCUCCGAAGCAAAAGCCGGCGCCAGAACGAAGCACAGCUCCUGUGCCCAAUGGCACGCACGUCAAUGGGGUUAAUGGGCAUCAUUCAGAGUUGAAUGCGCUGCAACCUUUGGGAGCUCCAAUGCUAUCGCCAGUGGCCGAGCUUCGUACCCCAUCACCAACUCAUGCCAGAACGUUCGAACAAGAAUCAUCCAAGCCUAACGGGCUGUUGAAAGCCGCCAAAGUCGCCGAUGCUAAACAGGCAUUGCAUGAGAGCCAAGGCCUCAAGGGCGAGACCAAGCUUGGGCAUGAGAGAAGGGGUAGUGCACCCAACCCAUCGAGCCCCGCCACAGCUACCCAGGGCAAGAGCUCUACCUCCCAGAACGCCUCGCUCGGUGUCCCGUCCUCGAAGGCCAACGAGUGGCAGACUGCUCCGGGAGGCAAGCACAAGCACAAGAAGAAUAAAUCUUCGGCUAGUGCGAAAAUUGCGAAUGGGUCUGGUGGGCAACCAUUGCCGGCCAACGAGUCUGAAAGGAAAGGUGGCUGA